AUGGACCAAGUCACUCAACCGCGUUCGGCACGGGCCGGCUCACACAUACUUGCCCCCAAUCUGGCGACGUUCUUUGCGCCCCCCAAAAUUGCAUACCAGCGUCUUCGGGCAGCCUUGGGGCAAGCUUGGGGAAUACGACGGUUGGCCAAUGUCAAAAACGAGUGGGUUCAGCAAGCAAACGACGAUAAUAACGGGUUAUACACGGCUUAUUAUCAUUUCUGCCAAUCGUAUGAUAACCUUGGCGCAUCACUCAACGACCCGGCAGGUGAUGGCGCAUCACGAUCGGCAAUGGAGUUGGUCCAGAACUUCUGUGGCGCUAUGGCGGGUCUGGCUUUCAUCUGCACCAAGAACAACAUGAAAGCGAAGCAGGCCAAAUUGGAUAAACUGCGAACGGUCCACCACGUACAACAUGUGCAGAUGCUUGCAAACCUCUUGAUCUUUGGCCCAACAGCGGCUUUCACGUCACUCCACAAAGGCCCACACAUGACAUUAUCGAACGCGAACGCCUUGUUGGAAUUAGGCUCCAGUGUGCUCAAACAGAAGAUUGCCCUCGGAAUCACGACCCCAAUGCCUCAUUUGACAUUGGACAAUCUUCGAAUACACUUCCUGAAUUUCCUGAUUAAAAUGGGUUUCAACCAGUUGGACAACGAUGGUGUCCCUCAGGUUAAUUGGAAAGACGUACAUGCUUCUUUCUACAAUGAAUUUUCUCCUUCAGUGAUUGCUGGGAUUUUUUCUCAAGAUAUUGAAAUAGCACUGGCCCACCGGUUGGUUUGA